UGGAUUUUCUGAACGGUUUUCGGACGAUAAGUAGGUUUGCUUCUAGCGGAAAAUUGUUUCGCCAAACCGGGGAAAUGUUAGGAUAUUUUGUUGUUUCAACAUUUCACACAAUACGUAGGAGGUGCGGUUGCCCUGGUCCGUUUCCGCGGCGGUCCAGGGUCUUCGUGUUCCGGUAGUGACGUCGUCGGUCGUUCUAUAUCGAAAUGAAGCUUAGCGUCUCCGCGUACAGGGCGCAUGCGUCAGCACACAAAAAAAUUUUGGACACGGCCUACCAGCACAACUACGGCUCCACCGCACCCCAUCCCUCUACGUCAACAUCUUUUCAGCUAGAGCCGCCCCCCUUGACCAUCUCGAACGAAAAUGCAUCGAAUGAGGGUAAGACGAUGACAGACGAUGAAGAUGCCAGUUCGGAUGAUGUAAAAACACCUCUACAAUCACCAAAAUCCCAAACCAAUAGCAAAGAAGAAGAGGAAUCGUCAUUGGCCAAUAGUUCAGACAACAAGAGUCCCAACACAAGAGGUCACACUAGCUACGAAAAUCCCUUUGACGAUAAGAAGCCCGCAAAAGUAGGAGCGCAACGGUGGAAAAAUCUACAGGCGGUCAUGGCCUACUACCAUUCGCUGCGAAAAAUUAAGAGGUGUCUGUUUGUCUUGUGA